AUGGCGAGCUGGUGGCGGGCGCUGCCGCGCGCGGCCCGGCGCUACCCGUGGCCCGCAAACGUGGUGCUCUACGCCGGCCUCUUCUCGGCGGGCGACGCGCUGCAGCAGGGGCUGCGGGACGCCCCUCCCGACUGGCAGCAGACGCGGCGCGUGGCCACCCUGGCCGUGACCUUCCACGCCAACUUCAACUACGCGUGGGUGCGGCUGCUGGAGCGCGCGCUGCCCGGCCGCGCGCCGCGCGCCGUCCUGGCCAAGGUGCUGUGCGACCAGGCGGUCGGCGGGCCCGUGGCCAUCUCUGCCUUCUAUUCUGGUAUGAGUAUUCUCCAAGGAAAGGAUGACAUAUUUUUGGACCUGAAGCAGAAAUUCUGGAAUACAUAUAAGUGUGCUCUGAUGUACUGGCCAUUUGUGCAGCUGACCAACUUCGCCCUUAUUCCCAUUCACUGGAGAACAGCUUACACCGGCUUCUUUGGCUUUUUCUGGGCCACCUUCCUUUGCUGCUCCCAACAGAGUGGUGAUGGUACCUUGGAGUCAGUUUUCACCUCCCUUCAUCUAAAGGACACCCAUGCAGUAGAAGGGCCUCCAGAGAACUGAGAAGUCAGACUCCUAGAAUGACUAAAUCUUUUCCUUAAAUGCAAUGGAUUGCUGUGGAUAAAAUACUCUAGUUACCUGUUAUGUGCCCCAUCUUGCAAAUUUAUUGUUCCAUAGACUCCAUUGCUUUUUAUAAAUUAUAACAUUCCACCUGUUUUAUUUUUCUCCAUCCUACUCUGAAUGUAUUAUUUCUGUAGUAUUUCCACUUUUCCAAUACUUUGGCUCAUAUCAGUAACAGUGGCAAAAUGGCAUUUUGUAAUUAUUACUAUUUCUAUUCCAUUAUUUUAAUGUCAAUGGGUUUAAGAAAGUCCUAUGUCAAUUGAAUACCUCUUUCUCCUAAAAUCUCAGGUUAUCACCCAAAUGCUUUUGGAUCAGAUUCUCUUUUUUACCAAAAAUAGUUCUUAUCUAAGUCAAUUACUAUUUACAUAGAAUUCAAUCAAGGAAAAAUGGAACAAUUUUUUUCUCCAAACUGCUAUAACUUAUCUGUUGUUAUGCUGAUACUACAACUUUUUAAGUACAUUUUUGUAUCAUCAGCAACAAAAACAACAACAAUGUAUCAUCAGUGUCCCCUAGAUAAAAUGUAUUUUAUUGUUGUCUUUUACUUUUAAAAUUUCCUAGGUACUUGUUAGUUAAGUUUUUAAAUUUUUGAGCAUAUUCAGCUGACUAACAUGCCCCAUUUCCUAGACAUGAAAUAUUCAAAACAUUUGACUUCUUAAAGAAAUAUAUUGAGUGAAGGUUCUUAAAAUGUUAAUAUUUUUUUCUUCCUCCAAAAGGUAGAAUUCCACUUUAUAGGACUCCAGGGAAAAUAGUUACCCCAAUUUUACAUUGAUAUUAUGUUUCUAAAAAUCAAUGCUUUAAAAUAAAUAUUGAUAGAUAAUCCUUAAGGUAGACUCAAGAAACUCAAUCUAGUUUUUCAGAUUUACUCAGUUUGUCUAACCUCAAACCAGUGGGUUUAUGAAAUUGUUUGAAUAUCUCAAGUUUCAGCAAAUUUUAUCUAAGAAUUACACUAGAAUUCUGCUUCUAAUGGAAUAUUUCACAAAUUUAAAGACUUGAAACACUGAAAUGUUCGUAAAUUUAUCUUGGCAAUUUAUGAUUAAGAUUCAUUUAAGAAUGUAUACCUGAAUUUCUUAAGCAUGUGACUUCUACAAUUUGUACUGUGAGUUUAUAUGUCAUCAUUAUAACUUCUAAGCAUACAAUUUAUUUGAAUUUAAUAGAUAUUAAAUAUUUUCCAUCAUUGGGACAAUAGUAAAGAAAUUUCUAGAGCAUUAAUUUUAAAAUUAUUUGUUUUGGCAUUAUUUUUAAAGUGGUUCAUAGAACAGAGAAUCUAUUUCACAAUGCAAAAGUUACAUUUUGUCAUUCAGUAUAUUCAGAAUAACUGUAGCAAGUUCUACCUGGCAGUGUUUAGAUAAGGUUCAAUAUUGCUUUCAUGAUGCAAAAAUAGUGUUUGUAUUUUGUAUAAAAAUACUUGGGAAGACAGACUUUGUUUAGACUGUCAAAGGGGAAAAAGCUUAUUUAUAAAAGUUAGGGUAUGAUAGUCUUUACUCAGUAAUGGGUUACUCUGUGUUGUCGAGAAUACAUGGAAUACAUAUUCUGAGAAUUUUUACAAAUAAUACACUUUGUAUUUUUAUGCACAAGUAAUGAUGUGUGUUAGUGCAGGAAAUGGAAAUUAAUCAAAACGAUGUAUUGUUUAUUUACAAAUGCUGCUGUCCUUGGUAAAACACGUUUCAGGACCUUGAACCCACAGGCAGCCCUCUCUUUUCCUCCAGAUUUUCCUGGCUUCUACAAUUUGUUUAAUGUUUGUGUGUUCUGAUCCUGUGGUUGCUCAGGCAAAGGCCAAACCUAGAAUUCAUUUCCCUUAAUAGAGUGAGACAGACCACAUUUCCAAACGGUGUUACCCUAGCAUAUAUAGAGAACAAAAGGGAAAUUUGGAAAAUAUCAAAAAGUAUUUAAAAAUUUGUAGAAUACCAAUUUCCGAUUGUUAAUAGCUUGACUGGGGUCAGAUAUCCUAUCCUGCAUCCAGGCAUUCGGAGUAUUUACCCUUUAACUCCAAGGGCACCUUCUUGGCAUUUCUUUCUGAUUCCAUUUUUGUCACUGAUAAUACCAUCUUCCAUCCACCACCAAGAAGCUGCCUUGACCCUGCUACCUUUAAGAUCAAGAGAGUUUGAGUCCUGUCUUUGUGGAGUCUGGUUUCUAUUUCUAGUCUUGGAGAGGGACCUCUUAACCAGAUGGUGGAAAACUGAUUUCUCCAUGCAGGGGAGAUCUUUCCUUCUACACAAAUGAGUGCCAGCACCCUUACAAUCCAUCAAUAGAACCAUAGCUAAAUGAAAUAAACAUGUAAGUAAUCAAUUAAUAUUAUGGGAUGGCUGUUUUAGAGGUGUAAGGAUAACUACAUGGCGAUAACUAUGUUCAAGAAGUUUAUGAUCUAUUGAGCAUAUAAAUUUAAAAAAUGACAAUCGGGUGCUUAACACAUCUGAUCCAACCCAUCAAUCACUGUUUAAACAGCAUCUGUGACAAGCAGUCAAUAGAAACCUUGAACAUUACUCAAAUAUUGCCUCCCAGUCCUGGGUUAGUGGCAUAAGCAGUAAGUACUUUGAAGUCGUGGUGCUCUGGAUAACCUGGGAAAACUUCCCAGAGGAGAUGCCUGAGUCCAGAACAAAGGUUGUAAAUUCACAAGACUACAGCCUGAACUGGGGUGGUAAUGGUAGGAUCAGAUGAGACAAAAUGAGAUCUUGAAAGAGCAAAAAAAAAAAGAGAAGGCAUUUCAUUUCUAACAGGGAAAUUUCACUGACCAACUUUGAAUAAUGUACACGUGUCUAUGCAGCUUACUUGUAAUUAAGGCUCACACAUAAUGUGCAACUUACCUGUCUCCGUUUAUAGGAAAAUUAAUGAAAAUGAUACUCUUUUAUCUAUAUCAUUGUUGGUUUGGUGAGUGAGAAUUAGGCAAUUUGAAAGUGCAUAUGUUUAAAAUGUUCUAAUACCAAGUUUGAGAAUGGUAUGUGAAACCUUUUGUUUGUAACAAGAUUUCCAUAUUUUCCUCAAAAUCUUGCAAGUGGACGAAGUGAUUCGUUAUUUGCCCACUUUACAGCCAGUGAAAUUUGACAUCUGGGGAGUCAUACAAAUGAAGGGUACUCUAGGAUAACUUGAGCAUUUUCUCCUAUUGAUGUUCUUUGGGCCAAAAUUAGAAAACUGUUUAAUGAAUAAAAGAAAUCAU